AAAAUCAGUCACCAUAGCUAAGAACUCUUUAGAACUCUCUGGAUUUCUUUAACACUUCAUCAUUUCAUAGAACACUCUAGACCCCCAGAGUGACCUUCAUCUAUAUAAACUCACAAGCUGCAAUGCAUCUCUCAGCAAAUCUUGAAAACCCCACAUUUUAAAUCUGCAUUUUGCUUGAAGUUAACUAUAUUUUGAGGUUUUUUUCAAGAAAUUGUGAAUACCUUUUACAUUCUUUAGUACUAAGAAGGAAGCCAUGGAUGAGGAUUUUGAGUUUCCUGUAUCUUCUAACAAUGCUGCUGCUGAAGAAAUGGAUAUGGAUAUGGGGAUGGGGAUGGAUGAUAUUGAUGUCCCUGAACCCGACCCGGUUAUGAAGGUUGAUGAAGAGAAGGAGAUUGGGAAAAGUGGGAUAAAAAAGAAGCUUUUGAAAGAAGGUGAAGGUUGGGAGCAUCCUAGUCAAGGAGAUGAUAUUGAAGUUCAUUAUGUCGGUACAUUACUUGAUGGAACUCAAUUUGAUUCAAGUUGCGAUCGUGGCACCCCGUUCAAGUUUAAGCUUGGCGAAGGACAAGUGAUAAAAGGGUGGGAUGAAGGUAUAAAGACGAUGAAAAAAGGGGAGAAAGCUUUGUUCACUAUACCUCCAGAUAUGGCAUAUGGUGAAUCUGGAUCCCCUCCAACUAUUCCUCCAAAUGCCACUUUACAGUUUGAAGUGGAAUUGCUUUCUUGGAUUAGUGUCAAAGACAUAUGCAAGGAUGGUGGAAUAUUCAAGAAGAUACUUAUCGAAGGAGAGGGAUGGCAGAAUCCGAAGGAUCUUGAUGAAGUGUUUGUUAAAUACGAGGCUCGCCUUGAGGAUGGAACAGUUGUAUCAAAAUCCGAUGGAGUGGAAUUCACUGUGGAAGAUGGCUAUUGCUGUCCUGCUUUGUCGAAAGCUGUUAAGACAAUGAAGAAAGGAGAGAAAGUCAUACUGACUGUGAAGCCACAAUAUGCAUUUGGACAGACGGGUAAAGUGGGAAGCGGAGAAGACGGUGGGGUCCCACCAAAUGCCACCCUUCAAAUAAAUCUUGAAUUGAUUUCUUGGAAGAUUGUCUCUGAAGUAACAAAUGACAAGAAGGUUCUGAAGAGGAUUUUGAAGGAAGGAGAGGGCUAUGAACGCCCAAAUGACAGUGCUCUUGUGAAAGUGAAAUUGAUCGGAAAACUUCAGGACGGGACUGUUUUUGUAAAGAAAGGACAUAAUGAGGGGGAGCCAUUUGAGUUUAAGAUAGAUGAAGAACAAGUAGUUGAUGGACUAGAUAAAGCGGUGAAAAAAAUGAAGAAGGGCGAAAUUGCUCUGAUAACAAUUCAACCAGAGUAUGCAUUUGGUGCAUUCGAUUCUCCUCAAGACUUAGCUGUUGUUCCUGGCAAUUCGGUCGUGUAUUAUGAAGUUGAGUUGGUGUCAUUUGUGAAGGAGAAGGAAUCCUGGGAUAUGAGUACUCAGGAAAAAAUUGAAGCUGCAGGAAAGAAAAAGGAGGAAGGAAAUGUAUUGUUCAAGGCCGGGAAGUAUGUGAGAGCAUCAAAGAGAUACGAAAAGGCUGUGAGCUUCAUCGAGUAUGAAUCCUCGUUCAGUGACGAUGAGAAGCAGCAAGCUAAACUUCUAAAAGUUACUUCCAAUCUGAACAAUGCCGCGUGCAAGCUGAAACUGAAGGAAUACAAAGAAGCAGCAAAACUCUGUUCUAAAGUCUUGGAGAUUGACAGUAAAAAUGUCAAAGCUCUAUACAGAAGGGCUCAAGCUUACAUUCAACUCGUCGAUUUGGACUUAGCAGAACUUGAUAUCAAGAAAGCACUUGAAAUCGAUCCAGAUAACAGGGAUGUCAAGUUAGAAUACAAAGUCUUGAAAGAAAAGAUAAAGGAGUAUAACAAGAAGGAUGCUCAAUUUUAUGGCAAUAUUUUUGCAAAGAUGAACAAAUUAGAGCAAAGUGGAGGAGCAAAAAAUGAGGCAGCACCAAUGACUAUAGAUAGUAAGGCUUAACCAAGAACAUGAAGAUCAAUGACACUUUCAUAAUGUGUAGUGUUGACAUUGGGCUUGGUUGUACUCGAGUGUUUUGAGAAAUGCAUAAUAAACAAUCUUAUUUUUAUAUACUUUGACUGAGCACGAAGUUUAAGAGC